UCUAGUAUGAUUUCUACUUAGGGGUUCCGGGAAAUUACUGAAAAGCUGCUUAAAAGGUACUUUUCAUGCUACUCAAAAGUUACUUUAACAGUACUUUUUAAGUAGCUUUUCAGUAACUUAUAAGUAGACUUUUGGCCAGUCAAAAAAUUGUGUCAAAAAUAGUUUCCCGAAUGUUGUGUAGACUAGUCGUGGGCCCAGUAGCUUAGAGUAACUGGUAAUGAGUCAUUUCGUAACGUCCCCAACGGUCGCCAUAUAUAUCAGUACCUAGGCACGUGUCUCAGUAGCUGAGCCGUACGUCCAGUAGCUUAAAGUAUCUGGUUAUGAGUCGUUUCGGAACGUCCCUGAAGCACUGUAUUUCGCAUGCCAAGUUUUGGUCGUAUGAUAGUUUGUGACUUCGGUACGACCUCAGAACUUCGUGAGAGAUAGCUGUUGCCUCGGUUAUUUCGAAGCAACAACUGCUGACAGUAUUGAUCACGUCCGAUAUUUUAUUGAAAGCAACCCAUCACAUUUUGAAUUCCUCCAGACGCACAAUCAUGCCAUCGCCGUUGCCAAAACGAACCAACUUCAAAGAUGAGUCUACAGAGUGCUCCCUUUGCCUCGGUGCUUUUGAAGAAUCGUCAGAUGCRAUUAUUACGCUUCGUUGUGGACACAGRUUUCACCGGAAKUGUAUCAUCGAACAAAUCGAGGUAGGGAGCAUGACAGCAUUGAACGAUGACCAGCGGCUUUUGUUCAAUGGCGUGCAAUGUGCCAUCUGCAAAGCUAUUUUUGGAGAAGACGACCAUCCCGAUUUACCAAAGGAUUUGAUCCGGUCAACCCACAAGCUUCGGUCGAAGGUGAACGACCUGAUCGACCAACACAAAUUGCUAGAAGAGACAAAAGAGGAAAACCAAGGAAAAGAGGUCCAGUCACGAGAUUMCCUUUACCGAGAAGCAAUGAGGAAGCACGCAUUCUACCUCUGUAGCCAUUGCAACGAUCCCUACUACGGCGGCACGAUCGAUUGCGCCGAUGCUUUCCGACCUCCGGCCGUGGAGACAACAGGAAGAUCGAAUUCGGAUUCGAAUUCGAAUUCGACUGCUCCCGAACGCAAGCUCUGUUCGGGCUGUGCUCCCCAAUCGCAGACCGUCUGCCGCAAUCCCUCCGAGCACGGGGCAUUUCUCACUUGGAAAUGCCGGUAUUGCUGUCAACCGGSGACCUACGUUUGCUACGGAAACGUUCAUUUCUGCAAGGACUGCCACGACAAGAAUUCGCGAGGAGAGGUGYUGACCCCGGUCUCCUGCCCCGGGGACUCGUGCCCGUAUCCCAAACCCGAAGCAAGCAGCGGGUUCCACACCAACGGUCCCACGCAGGAUUGCGAACAGGUUUACUCGUGUUCCCUGUGCGRGUCWAUCCCCGUCGAUGCAAGCGCGGAAACCUGGACGACCGAGCCCGGAUCGAGGAAUUUUGUGGUCAACCCCAGCGGCGAAGACGGCCUCCGGGGAUGGGUUAGCAACGGCUCGCCGUGGAUGGUAGARYSGGGGGCUCCGGGAGCCUACCCAUCGCGCCUGCUUCCUACCCCCGUGGUGGGCGAGGCGGAACGYGAGCCCAUCACCACCAAYUUCGUUUCGUCCUUUCGUUUUUCAACCAUGGAACAAAGGAUCGACCUGRCCAAGUUCCUCCGUCUCGGCGAAGCCGCGACAAGAACYCCCUCCCCCGUGGUUCGCAUAGAGGUCUCGGCGCGCUACACCCGGCGGUGGGAUUGCCCGAGCGUCUUUCRUCUGGRGGCCGUUCUCSUCGACGGGAGAGAAGCCAGGGCCCCCCCGCUUUCCACCGGGGUUGUUGAGGCGGGCGUGCACUGGGAGCGGGCCUCCCUCGUGUUCGAUCUGGGACCCCUCGCGGAGAUUCCYGGCCGGUUUGGGCGCYKUCCCAAAUUGGUCGUAUCGGUGUCGGGCAAGGACAGCAGGUUCUGGGCGGGAAACUUCGGGAGCAAGGUUGCCGAUAUUUCCGUGCGGGUUCUGGGCAGGACGCCCGAGGAAAUCGAAACCAUGGUGCUGAGCGAGGAAGAGGCGGUGUGAGCCUAAAUCACGAGUAGAUAGUGAAUAAGCUCACUCUUUAUUG